GUCGCCGCGGCCCCCGCCUCCGCCUCCUCACUAACGCUAAAGCUGGGACUAGACUGAGCGGAGUUGCGCUUGUUGCCGAAGAGGUGGGUGAUGGGCCGGGGGCCGAGAGGUCCGUUCCGCGGAGCCGCAGCCAGAACCGGGGCCAGGAAUCACCUACAGGAAAGUCUGGUGAUAGUUCGGUGAUAGUAAUUAAGGAGGAAAGCGUGCACGGUUCUUUGGCAUGGGUGAAUGUUCAGCAGGAAGAUUAGACUUGACUGAACAGACUCCUGUCUUAUUAGGGAGUAAAGCCAUGGCAGCUAGUCUCAUGGAUGUAGGAGACUCAUUUGGUGACCCAGUUAGUCCGUUAGCUAAUAGAUCUAGAAACUCAUUGGUGGAAGGUGAUAAUGGUGAUGAUGAUGAUGUUGUGUUUAUUGAAUCUAUACAACCUCCUUCAAGUUGUGCUCCAGUAAUAGCUGAUCAAAGACAUUUUGUAUUUCCUGCAUCAAGAAAUAAAAAGCUUCAAGGACAUUAUUCUGUAAUUCUUCCUUCCUCAAGAUAUUUGGCUUCUCAGAAGGGAAAUAUAAGUGAGACAAUUGUUAUUGAUGAUGAAGAGGACAUGGAAACAAAUGGAAGGGAAAAGACAGUUUCUUCCAGUUUUAUUGAAUGGGAAUUUCCUGGAACUAAAAACAGAACCAAAGAUUUGGAUUUCUCCACUUCCAGUCUUUCAAGAAGUAAGACCAAGACUGCAGUAGGACCUUUUAAUCCUGGUAGAAUGAAUGUGGCAGGAGGUGAAUUUCAGAAUGGAGGAUUUACAACUCAUCAUAGUCCUGAUUCUUGGAUCUCCCAGUCAGCAUCCUUUCCCCGUAAUCAGAAACAGCCAGGGGUGGAUUCUUUAUCACCAGUGGCCUCGCUUCCUAAACAGAUUUUCCAGUCUUCUGCCCAACAGCAACCCACUAAAGCAGCUAAAAUCACUUGUGCAAACUGCAAAAAACCUUUACAGAAGGGACAGACAGCUUAUCAGCGAAAAGGAUCAGCUCACCUCUUCUGUUCUACCACCUGCCUUUCUUCCUUCUCUCAUAAGCGUACUCCAAAGAAACGCAAUGUGACAUGUAAAAAAGAUGCACCUACCAAAAAAGCUACUGUUGUUCCUCAAGGGGAGUCAAGUGAACCCUUCCCAAAAUGUUGUAGUACAUCUUGUUUGUCUCCCUAUGAAGACAGCCAGAAUCUUCGAAAAAGAGUUCUGAACAAAUCAAGAUGUACAAUCUGUAAUAAACUAACGGAGAUUCGGCAUGAAGUCAGCGUUAACAAUGUAACACACAAGCUGUGCAGUAACCAGUGCUUUAACAAGUACAGGCUGGCCAAUGGUCUAGUGAUGAAUUGCUGUGAGCAGUGUGGCGAGUACCUGCCCGGCAAAGGAGCUGGGAACAAUGUCCUGGUCGUUGAAGGUCAACAGAUGCGAUUUUGCUGCCAAAAUUGUGCUAAUGAGUAUAAACAGAUGAUGGAAACAAACUUAAAAAAAGUAUUAGCAUCAGAAAACAGAAAAAGGAAUGCUGUUGGAGAAGAAAAUGAAAGAGAAUUAUAUGGCUCAUUGACCAUACUUCCAGAAAAAAUAGAAGAAAUACCAGAAAAAAAGGAAAAGACUUCAGAACUACAGGUUUCAGCAGAAUGUAGCCUAGACACGUCAGUGGUCCAACAGAACAUGAAUUUACCUCCUUCCAUGUCAGACAUAGCUGAUAAACUUCAAGAGCAACUGGGAGAGAAACCAUCAGAAGACUCCGUUAUUCCAGCUGUGCUUUCUGCAGAUCCAGGUACAUGGCCCCGAAUUUUGAGUAUUAAACAGAGGGACACUCUAGUUGAAAAUGACCCAGCUCAAGUAAGAAAUUUUAACUUCCCAAAAGACAGUACAGGGAGGAAGUUUUCAGAAACUUACUAUACAAGAAUUCUUGCAAAUGGUGAGAAAACCACUAGAUCCUGGUUACUUUAUUCAACCUCAAAAGAUUCUGUCUUUUGUCUGUAUUGCAAACUCUUUGGGGAGGGAAAAAAUCAACUGAAGAAUGAGAAUGGGUGCAGAGAUUGGCAGCAUUUAUCACAUAUUCUUAGCAAACAUGAGGAGAGUGAAAUGCACAUCAACAAUAGCGUUAAAUAUUCAAAAUUAAAAUCUGAUUUGAAAACAAGUAAAAUUGUUGAAGCUUCAGAACACAGAUUACAGGAGAGUGAGGGGAAGGAUGGUGUGAAGCUGUUGUACACCUUAGACCUGAUCUGACAUGACAUGAAGAGGUUGAAUACUUAUUCAGAGCUGUAGCCUGAUAGUCGGUCCUUUGUGCUGAGGCUCCCAGAUAGUGUUUCCUCUGCUCAUUAGUAAUAAGUAUCAUAGCAAGUUAACUCGUAAAGAUGGUUUUUGCUCCAAGUUCUCAUGAUUAAUGCCCAUUCCAGUGAAGGCAGUUGUUGAUCUUUUCAGUCUUUCAAUUCACAUCUUUUAAAAUGGGCAUUUCAGGACUGACUUUUGACCGAUGUAAUUAAUAUUUUGUUCUGAUUAUCUUGGAAGAGGGAGAAAAAGGCUUGAAUUUAUCAAUAACAGUUGAACAGGAUACAUACGUGAACAAGUAUUGUUAUUUAGAAAUAGAAUGGGAUCUGAAACUGCAGCUUUUUGCUAAUAAACCAAAUACUUAUGGUUUAUUUCAUUUGGGCAAAAUGUUAUUAUUUGAACAA